AUUGCCUUUGCUGCUACAAUGGAAGGACCUACACCUUAAAUGAAACUAUAUACAGCCAAGUCUAUGGGCCCGAGUGUGGUGAUGCUGUCUGUGGCCCUGACGGAGUCAUCAUUAGGACGCUCACCCCUUGCAGAACACCAUCCACACCAGCACAAGAAGCACAUAUGCAAGUGGCAACAUCCGCAUCUCCACCGUCAGUGGUAGCCACUCCCUGCUUCUGCAACAACAAUGGGCAAUUGAUACAAAUGGGAGAAAAUGUUUCUCUGCCAAUGAAUGUAUCAGGUCGUUGUGCUUACACCACUUGCAAUGCGUCGUGUCAGAUUGAAUUAAUUUGGGUGGAGUGUAAAACUGGUCACACUGAGGCUGCCGAGAUCUGUGACCCACGCUCCGAAGGCUGCCCACCAACAUCUGCUCCCAGCGUGACAAGGCGAGUUCCUGCUUCCACGGGGCCUCCUGCGAGUGAUUGUCUUGGGCUCAUUCCUCCCAGAAAGUUUAAUGAAACAUGGAACUUUGGAAACUGCCAGAUUGCCACUUGCCUGGGAGAAGGAAACAAUAUUAAACUGUCCAGCAUGACUUGCCCUACUCAGCAAACGAAACUCUGUGUCAACGGUUUCCCAUUCACGAAACACCAUGAUGAAACCGGCUGCUGUGAAGUCUCCGAGUGCCAGUGCAUUUGCAGUGGAUGGGGAAAUGAGCAUUAUGUGACUUUUGAUGGAACAUAUUACCAUUUUAAAGAAAACUGCACCUAUGUCCUCGUGAAGUCAAUUCAUCCUGACACUCACAAAUUCUGGAUUCACAUAGACAACUACUACUGUGCGGCCGUUGAGGGAGCAAUUUGUUCAAUGUCCCUUCUAAUUUUUCACUCCAACUCUGUCGUUAUUCUGACACAAGCAAUGGAACAUGGAAAAGAAACAAACCUGAUUCUGUUUAAUGACAAGAAAGUUGUUUCAGACAUUUCCAAGAAUGGGAUCAGGAUAACGAGUUCUGGUCUUUAUGUCAUAGUUGAAAUACCUGAAUUAGAAGUUUAUGUCUCCUACAGUCGACUUGCCUUUUACAUAAAACUCCCUUUUGGAAAGUUUUAUAACAAUACCAUGGGACUGUGUGGUACCUGCACCAACCGGAAAUCUGAUGAUGCUAUGAAGAGGAAUGGUGAGGUUAUUGAGUCCUUCAAAGAGAUGGCGUUAGAUUGGAAAGUCCCAGAUCCUACCAACAGAUACUGUAACCCAGGCGUCUCAGAAUCAGCUGAAAUUGAAUAUCAUCAGCACUGUGAGCCUUCCAAUGUGUGUAAAAUCAUCUGGAACCUGACCGAGUGCCACGGCGUGGUCCCCCCUCAGCCCUACUAUGAGGCAUGCGUGGCCAGCGGCUGCUCGGAGUGGCACCCCAGCACCCAGUGCCAGAGCAUGCAGACGUACGCAGCCCUCUGCGGGCUCCACGGCGUCUGCGUGGACUGGCGGAGGCAGGCGAAGGGACAGUGCGAGCCCGUCUGCACACAGGACCAGGUAUACAAGCCAUGCGGGACCGCAAAAAGGAACACUUGCUUCAGCAGAGAAACCACUACGGACACCCUCCCCUCUCAAAAUAACACACCAGUGUUUGUUGAGGGAUGCUACUGUCCCGAUGGAAAAACUCUACUGAAUGAUCAAGAUGGCAUUUGUGUUUCUGUCUGCGGUUGCACUGCACAAGAUGGGUCAGUGAAACAGCCUAGAGACACUUGGGAGCACGACUGCCAAAACUGUUCUUGUGAUGAAGCGACCCUGAAUAUCUCUUGCUUUCCCCGCCCUUGCGCUAAAUCUCCACCCGUCAACUGCACGAAGCAGGGCUUUGUACGCAAAAUAAAAACACGACUCGAUGACCCGUGCUGCACAGAGACAGUCUGCGAAUGUGAUAUAAAAACUUGCAUUAUCAACAAAACAGCGUGUGACUUGGGCUUCCAACCAGUGGUUGCUAUAUCUGAGGAUGGUUGUUGCCCUAUCUUCUCCUGUAUACCAAAGAGUGUUUGUGUUUCUGGAGGAGUUGAAUUUAAGCCCGGGGCAAUGGUGCCUAAAGGCUCUUGCGAGGACUGUGUGUGCACAGACGAGCAGGAUAUCAUGACCCAGACCAACCUCAUCCAGUGUGUGCCAGUGAAGUGCCAAACCACCUGCCCACAGGGUUUCCGCUUUGUGGAAGCAGAGGGUCAGUGCUGCAGCCAGUGCCAGCAAGUGGCAUGUGUGGCAAAUUUUCCAUUUGGCAACGUGACCAUUGAGGUUGGAAAGAGUUAUAAAGCUCCGUACGAUAACUGUACUCAGUACACAUGCACUGAAUCAGCCGGCCAGUUUUCCUUGACUAGUACAGUAAAGGUCUGCCUACCAUUUGAAGAAUCAAACUGUGUCCCAGGAACGGUGGAUGUGACUUCAGACGGCUGUUGCAAGACAUGCAUCGACCUGCCCCACAAAUGCAAGCGCAACGUGAAAGAGCAGUACAUCGUCCACAACAACUGCAAGUCGGUUGCUCCAGUCCCCGUGCCCUUCUGCGAAGGGACGUGCAGUACCUACUCUGUGUAUUCCUUUGAGGCCAGUGAAAUGGAACACAAAUGCAUUUGCUGCCAUGAGAAAAGGAGUCACAAAGUGAAGCUGGAACUGGUUUGCUCUGAGCAUAAGAGAGUCUCAUUCACAUAUGUGCAUGUAGAUGAAUGUGGGUGCGUAGAAACAAAAUGCCCAAAGAGGACAACUCGAGCAUAAACUAAAGGAAACAUUUCAACUCUUGUUAAACGCUUCCCUAGCAAGUGAGUAGUUUAGAAAGUGGCUGCGAGUAACCUCCAAAUGACCAUACCUCUUUCUUGCGCUUUUUCCUUCUGGUAUUAUAUGCAGUUAUGGAAAUUAGCUAAAGAUCUCGUUCAAAAUAAACUGCAUUUCAAAGAG